CGAUUCAAAUCACCUCUCAGGCUGGAUCACCGCGUUCUGCGUGUUCAAUGAGCAAGGCUUAUGGCAGGGUCCUCCGUUGAACGACGAGCACAUGCGAGAGGACGCAGAACCACGCGAGUUGAGUGCGGCGGAGUUCACCGCGGUAUACAUGCGUGGGGCGGGACACCCGUUCCUCGUGCUCGACGGGGUACCGUACCCGACGAUCGACAUCCAGUGCGUACCCUGCGGGUAUGCGUACCUCGAUGCGAAGCUGGAUGACGAUGGAUGUUUUUUUGACAUUGAGUUCGUUGUGGGGGUAGUAGGCGCGCAGAUAUCCUCGAAUCCGUCUGGGGGUGGGGUGCGGGAUACUUAGUGUAAGGCCCGUGGUAUUGGUACUUUAUCACUGGGACGGAGUAAUUAGUGUACGUA